GACAAGAUACAUCGAAAACCCACAUUCGACCUGGUGGCGGUUAUUCUAAAUACGAGAGCAUUACUGUGACAAUGGGCAGCAUGUAUUAUAAUGAGUCGAGAAUGGUGAGGAAAGAUGAGGUGACAUGCAAUGUUAUUAUAGGAGAUGAUAAGAAAACUGUGGUUUACGCGCUCCGUAUCGGAAAUGGCCCAAUUAUGCAAAAAACGUUUGAAGAAUAUGAAAGAUUUUUUACAACUGAAAAGGAUAUGAUCCCGGCUACAAUUUUCACUGCGCCGAAAAAGAAGUUCCUGCAAGCUGACAGCAAGUUCUACGAGAAAAGACGUGUUUGGAUCCUUGUGAUUAGUCAGCAUCUUGUUGAUAAUAAUUUAAGAAGUGAGGAUGUCCGUCGGUUCUUCCAUCUCGAAAGUCCGGAUGAUGAUGAGAAUAAUGUUGAUCUCGGACCAAGUGAGAGGAAAACAGCCACCGCCAAUGAUUUCGAUUAUCUGACAACUAUCGGAAAAGGAAGCUUUGGAAGAGUUUACCAAGUCAGGCACAAGGAGACCAAAAAAAUCUACGCCAUGAAAAUUCUGUCCAAGGAACAUAUCAGAAAAAAGAACGAGGUGAAACACGUCAUGGCAGAAAGAAAUGUGCUCAUUAACAACUUUAAGCACCCUUUCCUUGUUUCACUUCACUUUUCGUUCCAAAAUAAGGAGAAGCUGUAUUUUGUGCUCGAUCACUUGAACGGAGGAGAGCUUUUCUCUCACCUCCAACGCGAGAAACAUUUUUCCGAGUCGAGAAGUCGUUUUUACGCGGCCGAGAUUGCAUGUGCUCUGGGUUAUCUUCACGAGAAAAACAUUAUCUACAGAGAUUUGAAGCCUGAAAACCUUCUGUUGGACGAUAAAGGUUACUUGGUGCUCACCGACUUUGGGCUCUGUAAAGAAGAUAUGCAAGGAAGCAAGACAACUUCCACAUUUUGUGGGACGCCGGAGUACUUGGCCCCGGAAAUUAUUCUGAAAAAGCCUUACGACAAGACUGUUGACUGGUGGUGUUUGGGAUCGGUUCUCUAUGAAAUGAUUUUUGGAUUGCCUCCAUUCUACUCAAAAGAUCAUAACGAGAUGUACGACAAGAUCAUCAACCAGCCACUUCGUCUCAAGCACAACAUCUCUGUGCCAUGCAGUGAGCUCAUCACCGGGCUCUUGCAAAAAGACCGUUCAAAGCGUCUGGGCCAUCGCAAUGAUUUCCGUGACAUUCGUGAUCAUCCAUUCUUCCUUCCGGUUGAUUGGGAUAAGCUUCUGAAUCGUGAGCUUAAGGCUCCGUUCAUUCCGAAAGUGAAAAACGCAAUGGAUACAUCCAAUAUUUCAAAGGAGUUCGUGGAGAUUCAAAUUGAUCCAUCUUCGUUGGCACCGCAACAACUUGCUGUCACUCAUCGAGAUCACGAUUUUGAGAACUUUACAUUCGUCGACACCAAUCGCGUUUUGGUCUGAACAUGAAACCAGUUCUCACAACAUUCUUGUCACAUCUUUUUCAUUUUCUUGUGCUCUUUUUGGCUUCACCAUUGAGUGUUUUAUAUACCUGAUUAUUUUUUUCCAAAUUUAAAGUUUGAAAUAUAUGUACUUAAAUUGCAUCAAAAAUUUGAAAAUAAAACAAUUAAUAUGU